AUGUUGUCUACUUAUGCAAAAUCCAAGAAAGCUGAAGGUUUUGAUAUUCCUGUAGCAGCUCUUGUCUUUGGUUCACCACAAGUUGGGAAUAAAGCUUUCAAUGACAGGUUCAAAAAGCAUUCAAAUCUUAAAGUUCUUCAUAUCAAGAAUCAGAUUGAUGCUAUUCCACACUAUCCAGGACGAUUGUUGGGAUAUGAGUAUACUGGAACUGAGCUUGAAAUUGAUACAAGGAAGUCACCAAGCUUGAAAGGUUCAAAGAAUCCUAGUGACUGGCACAAUUUGCAGGCUAUGUUGCAUAUAGUAGCAGGAUGGAAUGGCGAUAAAGAACCAUUUGAGCUAAAAGUGAAGAGAAGCUUGGCUUUAGUUAAUAAAUCAUGUGCUUUCUUGAAAGAUGAAUGCUUGGUGCCUGGAUCAUGGUGGGUAGAGAAGAAUAGAGGUAUGGUCAGAGGUGACGAUGGAGAAUGGACGUUGGCUCCGGCGGAUGAGGAGGACCAGCCUGUCCCUGAAUAUUGA